AUGCGGGUCAACGUAGCUCGGGUGUGGGAGGAUUCGGAUUAUGCCAGGGUCAAAAAUAUGUGCGAAAGUAACCAAGGAUGGACUGAGGUUUACAAAAAGAAAUGCGUCGCUGUGUUUACUCAAACAGUUCCAUCCAGUAACUAUCACAUGAUUAAGGCAGUUGCGACGUUUCCCGACGUGCCGACAAGUGUUGCCUAUGAUGUAUUGCAUGAUUCGGCCUAUCGUCCCCAUUGGGAUCGGCAUAUGGCAGCCCAGUGCUACAUAGGACGAAUAAAUCCGAACAAUGAUAUAGGAUAUUAUGCAUUAACGGGCAUACCACCAGUCCGAGCACGUGACUUUGUAUUACAACGUUCAUGGCUCGAUACAGGAGAUGAGAAAAUGAUUUGUGGGCAUUCAGUUUGUCAUCAGGAUUAUCCGCCAAUGAAAGGAUACGUACGAGGAACCGCUUUACUAUCUGCAUACCUUAUACGACCAAGUCAUCGUAAGGAUGGAGGAUGCGAUCUUGUUUACAUCAGUCAUGCUGAUCCAAAAGGUAAUAUCCCCACAUGGUUGGUGAAUCGCCUCACCCGAGUAGUGGCCCCUAAAAUCAUCAAAAGGCUGUACAAAGCCUGCUUAGCGUACCCAGAAUGGAAGGCACGAAAUCAGCCAAAUGUCAAGCCAUGGAUCUAUCCUGAGCAACAGUUGGAUUUCCCACGAGUUGAUUUGGCAAAAUGCCAGCCACAAGAAUAUGAUCAAGAAAUAAUCGAUGAAAGUAUGUCUAUGAAAGAUGUUGUCUUGGAUGAGGAAGAAGAAGAAGAAGAAUAG